AUGUCUAACAUAAAUUUCAUGAUGAACAAAUCAAUAUAAAAAUGUAGAAAUCAUAAGAGAAUAGACAACCAAAAAAAGCACUCUUUAAUUAAUUUAGUAUUACAUGAGAAUUUAUCAACGAGAUAAGUAAUUAAUUAUUUGAUUUUAAGGCAGCACAGAAGCUAUAAAUAAAAUAUUCCACUGCUAAGUAUAUUGUUAAGAAAUUUAAAAAUAAAGGCAAUAAUUUAGAUUAACACAAAUAAAAUCUAAGUAAACAAAAAUCAAUGGUCUCGAAUGUUAGUAUUAUCAUAGAUGUCUUGGAUGGAAAUAUUACUCUCUUAAGAAAUAGUACAAAAUAAAGUUAUUAUGAUUUGAAUUCUCUAUAAGAGGAACUUAAAUAUAGCAAUUUACUUUAAACUUCUGAGUUUAUUUUUUAGAAAUUAGGUAAAAUUCCUUGUAAUCAAAUCAACUACAGAAAUUGCAAUGAUUCUGAAUUUUUAAAGGCCUAAUUACUAAAAUAACAUCAAAUUAUGAAAAAUUUAUGA